UAUUUCUUUUUAAAAAGCUGUGAGAAAUUUUUAAUUCAUAUUUUGCCCAUACCUGUCGUUGUAGUCGCACAUGUUUUGAAGUGUUAUGAACACUUUAAGCAUUUUUCUCUUGUAAGGAUCCUAGAUUCAAGGAUUUUAAUGGUUGUUUAGAUUUAUCGGCAAGAAAAGGAUUGUUUGUUGUAAGAAUUUUUUUGUGUAGAUGAAAAUUAAAUAAUAGUUUGUUAUUAUUUGCAGUAUUUUAAGUUUUAUUAACAAAAAAUGGAAACUAAACCAAAGAAUGAAUAUUUACUUGCUUUAAAAGUUAUGAGAUUGACAAGACCAACCCUUGCCAGUCCCACAGUUGUUACUUGUGACUCAACAGAUUUACCAAGUAAUACACUCAACAAUGAAUUAAAAAAUGAUUGUACAGCGUUACAAGGAAUGGAGACACUUGCUAUUGGGCAAUUUAUGGUAUUACCACAGAGUUUUGGAAAUAUAUAUCUAGGAGAAAUAUUUUCUAGUUAUUUAUGUGUACAUAAUGGUAGCAAUCAAGUAGUUAAAAAUGUAACCGUCAAAGCAGAUUUACAAACGAGUACCCAAAUUAUUUCACUCUCAUCAGGGAAUUCGAUGGUUAAAGAAUUAGCUGCUGAUGAUACAGUAGAUGAGGUUAUUCAUCACGAAGUUAAAGAGAUAGGAACGCAUAUAUUGGUUUGCGAAGUUAGCUAUAUGCCUGCUAAUUCGAUGGGCCCUCCACAAUCGUUCAGAAAAUAUUUUAAAUUUCAAGUUGUUAAACCAUUAGAUGUGAAAACAAAAUUUUAUAAUGCAGAAUCCGAUGAGGUGUACCUUGAGGCGCAAAUACAAAAUCUUACAGUAGGUCCUAUUUGUUUAGAAAAAGUGUCAUUGGAAUCGUCUCAUUUAUUUAGUGUAUCAACAUUAAAUAAAAAUGAAAAAGAAGAAUCUAUUUAUGGAAAAGUUAAUCUAUUAGAUUCCAAUUGUAGUAGACAAUAUCUGUAUUGUUUAAAACCUCAAUCGAGUUUACAAAAAGAUCCCAAGAUGAUGCAUAAUGCUACCAAUAUCGGCAAAUUAGAUAUUGUAUGGAAAAGUAAUCUGGGAGAAAGAGGACGACUGCAAACAAGUCAAUUACAAAGAAUGGCACCAGAAUACGGAGAUUUAAGAGUUGUUAUGAAAGAUAUUCCAUUGAAAGUUUAUCUUGAAGAACAAGUUAAUCUCAAGUGUCACAUAAUAAAUACUUCAGAAAGAAGUAUGGAUUUAUUAUUAAGUUUGGAAUCAAGCGAUUCAAUUGCAUGGUGUGGAGUAUCCGAUAAAAUAAUUGGAACACUAAAACCUGGAAGUUCUAUUGAUGUACCUUUGAGUUUAAUUCCAUUAGAUACCGGUAUUACUAUUAUUUCUGGUUUAAAGUUAAUGGAUACUUUUUUAAAAAGGGUAUAUGACUACGAUGAUUUAGCACAAAUUUUUGUUAAUCAACUAGAUUAAAUGUUAUUUAGGAUCAUAUUUAUAAAAAAUGUAACCUUUUUAUAUAU